AUGCCGUGGUCUCACCAUUCACACUCUGGCCAGUUCUGCGGGCAUGCCGCCAACACACUGGAGGAAGUGGUGCAGACGGCGAUCAAGAAAGGCAUGAGCAUUUUCUGCCUCACCGAACACAUCGCGCGAGCAAUCGAAGACUUCUACCCCGAGGAAGCAAAACGUCACGAUCAAGCCAGUCUAGCGAAACUAUACGACGACUUCUACCACGAAGCCAGACGACUACAAAAAGCCUACGCCGACCAAAUCAUCAUCUUCGUAGGCUUCGAGGGCGAAUGGAUCCGCGAAGGCUCCCUCACGAUCAUCCAGGACCUGCUGGCCACUUACCGGGUCGACCUGUUCGUGGGUAGUGUCCACCACGUCCAUACCAUCCCUAUCGACUACGAUCACGAUAUGUACUACAAAGCUCGGGAUGUAGCUGGUGGCACCGACGAGCGGGUCUUCGAGGACUACUUCGACUCGCAGUAUGAUAUGCUCCAGGCCUUGAAGCCGCCUGUCGUCGGCCAUUUCGACCUCAUCCGACUGAAGAGUGAUCAACCCGAUCGAAGUUUCAAGACCUGGCCGAAUGUAUGGAAGAAGAUAUUGCGGAACCUGGACUUCGUCGCUGCUUAUGGUGGCGUGCUGGAGCUGAACUCGAGUAGUCUGAGGAAGGGCAUGAAGGAAUGCUAUCCGCAAGUCGAGAUCAUGGAGACCUUCCAUGCCAAGAGUGGUCGCUUCACACUAUCCGACGAUAGUCACGGUGUUGACCAAGUUGGCCUGAACUAUGGCAAAGUGGCCGACUGUGUCAAGCGUGCAGGUGUGACAGAGAUGUGGCAUCUUGCGCCAGCCACGGACGUCUCGUCGCACUUUGACAAGCGUUUCCCGACUGUCACAUGGCGGUCUGUUGCCGUUGCGGACCAAACCAUGAGCGACUGA